GGCUGGCCAUAGUUCCACCCAUCCCUGUCGCUUAGUCAGACAGGACUGGCGUCUGUUCUUGGCGGGGAUUGGUCCACAGGUUUAUCAGCGUGAUCCGGGGGCGUGGCCAGCACUAAUAAAGACUGGGGCCUGAGCGGCCGCUGCAGUGAGUUCCACCGCAGCUAGAGCUCCAGGUGGUCAGCAAGAGGAGGAGCUUGGCGUUGCCGUCGGUUUCACCGCAGAGUUCCCUGACCGGGUGUCACGCCGCAGCCUCCGGAGAGGAGACAGACCUCUCCUUCCUCUGUUUGAGACAUGUCUGCUCCAGCUCAGCCACCCACCGAAGGGGCAGAAGGGGCUGCCCCAGGUGGGGGUCCCCCUGGCCCUCCUCCUAACACGACCAGUAACAGACGCCUACAGCAGACUCAGGCACAAGUGGAGGAGGUGGUGGACAUCAUUCGUGUGAAUGUGGAUAAGGUCCUAGAGAGGGACCAGAAGCUGUCAGAGCUGGAUGACCGAGCUGACGCUUUGCAGGCAGGAGCAUCACAAUUUGAGAGCAGCGCUGCCAAGCUAAAGAGGAAGUAUUGGUGGAAAAACUGCAAGAUGAUGAUCAUGCUGGGAGCGAUCUGUGCCAUCAUCGUGGUAGUUAUUGUAAUUUACUUUUUUGCUUGAGAAUGUGCCCCCCCUUCCCUGUACUCCAUUGCCAUCCAAACUCACAUCCCUCUCCCUCUUUUCUCCCUGGAACUUCCCCAUCCGCCUUCCUCCAUCCCAGCCCCAGAUCCUCCAUCGCCCACUCCUCCUUUUCUGUUGCUUUCCUUUGCACUCGGUCCCGCGACACUAGAAAUGCUGCUCAUGGUGCAGUCUUGAAGUAACUACCUGAAGAGCAACAGCUGGCGUCUCCUUCCUACCCUCUCAUGUUCUCAAGUUCCCCCAAAGCCAAAAAGAGCUGGAGGCCACAGGACAGGAAGGGGUGGAGCUGAGGUGACAUGCCCUGGAAGGGGCCAAGACAGGGACAGGAGAAGCGUGUUGGUGCCUGAGGGGUUGGCAGGGGAGGCCAGGUUGCUGGCUGGUGGAGACUGGGGACAACUGGGAGGACGUCCCGGUCACUUGGAGCUCUCCUCCUGGGCCAGGCCUGAAGGGGAGCCUGGGAUGGGCCCUAAGGCCAGUGUGGCAGGUAGAAAGUCAAACCUGGUUUUCACCAUUAUUUCUCACCUUUUAGUCCAGGAUUUUCUAUGUCGUCAGGGAUAUCACAACCUUUUAUCUUAUCCUCCGGAGAAGUGGAGGACACGUAUGGAUAACGAGACCCCAGGACCCUUGUUCCCAUCCCAGAAGCAGUUCCACAAGCUUGUAGCUGGGAGGGGCUCCAGUCCGCAGUUCCCACAGCAUUGUUUGUUUGUGAGGGUGGCAAAUACUGUGAUUUAGCCAAAGUUUGAGACUCUCCCUUCAUUUUAGUUAUUGGCAUAGAUAUGGAGAGAAUGCCUGUUAGUUAUAGAGAAAUAGCGAGUCAAGGGCCGAACUUGAAAAUACCAAGCUCAGAGGAAGCCACUGAAGCUCACAAGAGCCCUCUUGCUAGGGAGGGUCCUGUCCCUCCCUUCCUGUUGGAGGUGAGGGCCCUGGAGCCUCCAGGACACCUUCUCUCCACACCACCCGUGGUUCUUGCCAAAGACAGGGGUGAGGCCCCUCCUGAGGCUGGGCCGCUCCUGAGCACUCCCGCCCACCCAGCCUUGGGAAGGAGGCUGUGGGCUGCUGCACCGCUGCGGGGCCCUCUCAUCUGGAGCGGCCUCUGUUCUUCCCACUGUACGUUCCCCUUCCAGAGUGCCCCUGCCUGAGUUCCAUGUGGCCCCCUUUCCUGUCCUCCUCUUUGCGUGGUUUCUGGCACAGACAGUGCGACCCAAGGACAGGAGCUGCCUAGUCUGUCUCAGGGCCGUGCUGGGCUUCAGGAAAAGGUCUGAGGGGAGGGGAGCCGGCAGGGAAGAGAAGGGGGACCGCCCAGGUCCCUCUUCCUUCCAGCAGGAGGAGGCCAAGGCUGGGCUUUCCAUGUAGCAGCAUUUCGGGACGCAGACCCAUCUCUCCCCUCCCCACACCCUGUCCCACCUUCCCUGCGUCCUGCCCCCUGGGCGGACGGAAGAGCCGGACCAAGGCAGUCAGUGUGCCCUCCCAACGGGCCCCUCCGGGCUCCCCCUGCCUGAUGCAGGGGGUCACUGCUGGAGAAGAACCACCACUGUCCUCGAUGUGUCCCAGGCCUGGAGCAAACCUGCCUGCUUGGCCUGCCCCGUCCCAUCACAGGAAUCACCCCUGGUCUCUGUCCCUGAGGCUCCCAGAUGUAGUCGGCUUUGUUCUUCUGGGGACAUCAGCCCCUCUACUCUCUCUCUCUCUCUCUCUCUCUCGCCCUGCCCUGUGCCCUCUCCUGUGUCUUUGCUGUCCCCCUUCCCUCCCACCAGCCAUGUGCAUGAACAGAUGUGCAGCUACACCCAGGGCCUGGCUGUCACGAAGCUGAGGCCCCACAGCCCUUUGGGUCGCCAUGAGACAAUGUGGGGGCUCCACUGUGUGUCUGCCAUCCCCUCUGUCUUUUUUCCUAAUCCUGGCCUCAUACUUGUAUAGAAUGAUAACAGUACUUCCACCAAAGGCAUGUGGCAUAUUUACCAAUUUCAUGUAUUCUGGACAAAGGCAAAAAAAAAAAAAAGAAAAAAAAUUUACAACUUCCUACCACUCAA